AUGAGGCUGCAGCAGGCACCAGAGUCCAGAAAGGUGUUCAUUCAGCCAGACUAUAGCAGUGGCACAGGCUGCCAGUUCCAGACCAUGUUCUCCAUGGAGCUGGAGAACCAGAUUGAUAGGCAGCAGUUUGAAGAAAUAGUUCAAACUCUAAAUAACCUUUAUGCAGAAGCAGAGAAGCUUGGUGGCCAAUCAUAUCUCGAAGGUUGUUUGGCUUGUUUAACAGCAUAUACCAUCUUCCUAUGCUUGGAAACUCAUUACCAGAAGGUUCUGAAGAAAGUCUCCAAAUGCAUUCAAGAGCAGAAUGAGAAGAUCUAUGUUCCACAAGGCCUUCUCCUGACAGACUCCAUUGAGUGAGGACUGCGAGUUAUUGAAAUUACCAUUUAUGAAGACAGAGGCAUGAGCCAUGGAAGAUAAACCAUAGAAUUAAAGAUCCUACUUCUAGCCGAGCCCCUCAUGUAUCCAUUGGCCACUGCAGAGUGUCCCUACCUCCUC